AUGAGGUUUUCAAUUUCUUCAAUCGUUGCAUCUGCUGUCUUAUUGACUCAAGCUGUUGCUGUUGACGUCGCCUGUUUAGUCGGUGGUGUCAGUGUCGCUGUCGUCGACUUAGACACUGGUUUAUGUCCAUUCACUAUCCCAUCACAAUAUCCAGUCAUCUUCGACUUCUUCAGUCGUGAAGAUUACGAUGUUGACUUCUACUACUCCCUUAUUGGUGGUCAAAGAUACUGGAACGACAUCGUCGAUGCCGGUCGUAUCAUCAGUAUCCCAGCCAGAAUUUUAUUCAACACCCCAGGUGCUCCUUUAUAUCACGUUCAUGUUGAAGAACAAGCUGCUUCUAACUCUACUGCUGCUAUUAGAAAGAGAUUAUUCAAGGAUACUGCUAUUGUUAAGAGAGACGCUGCUAGUGACUUUGCUGAUUCUAUCAAGUACAUUGACGGUACCUUAGUUGCCUCCACUGGUGCUGGUGCUUCUACUGGUGCUUCCACUGGUGCUGGUGCUUCUACUGGUGCUUCCACUGGUGCUGGUGCCUCUACCGGUGCUUCCACUGGUGCUGGUGCUUCUACUGGUGCUGGUGCCUCUACUGGUGCUUCCACUGUUACCGCUACUAACAUUGCUACUACCACCAUCACUACCACUCACUGUUCUAACGAUGUCUGUUCUUUGACUACUUACCCAGCCACUAAGGGUGUUACUACUGAAACCAUCAGUGGUGAAGUUACUGUUUACACUACUUACUGUCCAUUAACUGCUGUCACUGAAGAAUCUACCACCACCGUCACCAUCCUUUCUUGUAAGGAAGACAAGUGUGUUGCUACUGCUGUUCCAGCCACCCCAGCUGUUACCACUGAAACUAUCAACGAAGUUGAAACCGUCUACACUACUUACUGUCCUCUCUCUACUGGUGCUGAAACCAAGCUCCCAACUGUUACCAUCACUGUUACCAGCGAAGGUACCACCACUAUCUGCCCAGCUACUCCAGCUCUUACCACCGGUACUGUUGAAGGUACCAAGACUGUUUUCGUUACCUACGUUCCAGUUACCUCUACUGCUGCUCCAGCUGCCCCAGGUACUGCUGCUCCAGCUGCUCCAGGUGCUGCUGCUACUGCUACUACUCCAGCUGCUCCAGCUCCAGGUGCUGCUACCACUCUUGCCCCAGCUGCUUCUCCAGCUGUUACCACCAAGGCUGGUGUCAUCUCCACUUUCGAAGCUGGUGCUGCUUCUGCUGGUGCCACUUUCUUAGCUUUAGCUUUGGUUCCAUUGGCUUACUUCCUUUAA